CAGUGUCAUGUGUGUUGUCAGAUUUCUCCUUUCUUUACGCUAUUACUCUAUAUUUAAUGCAAUAAACGAUAUCAACUAAUAUUCUAAUGAAAGGUCAACAUUUCACCUUCACGAAUAUGCAUAAUUGAAGUUUGUGGGAUUUGUGAAAUGAGGCGAAGUCUGGCCCCGAGUCAGGUCAGUCUGGGCGUUGGAAAUGCGAAGAGAAAGACCUGUGGCUCAGACAGUGAUGGAGAGGAUGACUGGUCCCCAUCUGUGGUAAAGAAGAGGACCAAGGCAAUCUCAUCGAUGCAAGGAAGUGAGAAUAACCCACACCAAUUUAUAUCACCAUAUCGGCGCCCUCUGGCCCUUGUAGCAAAUAAAAUGCCACUAUUUCCAGAUAUGGGAGGAUCCUCGCACGAAAAACUCAUUAAGAAGAUUCUCUCUAAGCCAUUCAAAAUCCCCAUCCCUAAUUACCAAGGGAGUGUCCUUGGUGGUAGGGCUCUUGGAGUUCGCCGGCAAGGAGCCCGACAGGCCCUCCAUGACCCGUUGGAAGAGGGCGCGCUGGUCCUGUAUCAUCCUCCUGAGCUCAGCGCACAUGAGCAGAUGAAGGUAGACAUGGAGAAGCACCCUGUACAUGUGGUGGUUGACCCGGUGUUGUCGAGAGUGUUACGUCCUCAUCAACGUGAGGGAGUGAAGUUCAUGUACGACUGUGUGACGGGAGUGCAAAUACCUGACAACUUUGGCUGCAUUAUGGCCGAUGAGAUGGGUCUUGGCAAAACAUUACAGUGCAUCACCCUCAUGUGGACACUCUUGAGACAGAGUCCCGAUGCCAAACCAAUGAUUGACAAAGCUAUUGUUGUGGCACCGAGUAGUUUGGUCAAGAACUGGUACAAUGAAAUCCAUAAGUGGCUUGGAAAUAUCAGGAUCUCGCCUCUUGCCAUUGAUUCAGGGUCGAAGUCUGAUAUCGACAGGAACAUAGAGCGUUUUAUGAGUCAGCAUGGCCGCCGAGUGGUUAAUCCCAUCUUGAUCAUAUCGUAUGAGACAUUUCGACUUCACGCUGCUGCACUCCAGAAAGGGAAGGUUGGAUUGGUCUUAUGUGAUGAGGGACAUCGUCUCAAGAAUUCAGAGAAUCAGACGUAUCAAGCAUUGUGUAGUCUAAAAGCUGAUAAACGGGUACUGUUAUCGGGCACGCCCAUUCAGAAUGAUCUCCUCGAGUAUUUCAGUCUUCUCCACUUCGUCAACAGAGGCAUCCUGGGUACUGCCCAAGAAUUCAAGAAGAAGUUUGAGACGCCCAUCCUGCGUGGUCGCGAUGCUGACGCAACUGAUCAUGACCACAAGCGUGGCUCAGAGAAGCUUGCGGAGUUGCUGGCGAUUGUCAACAAAUGCAUCAUCAGGCGAACUCAGACGUUACUCACGAAGUAUCUGCCUGUGAAAAUUGAGCAGGUUGUGUCUUGUCGGUUGACGCCGUUACAACGCGAGCUGUACAAGAGGUUCGUCGACUCCAAGGAGUGUCAGUUGACUUCUAACGGGAAGGUGGCACUCUCAUCAUUGUCAUCUAUUACUCAACUCAAGAAACUGUGCAAUCACCCCGACCUGAUCUAUGACAAGUGUCGAGAAGGUGCUGAAGGCUUCGAGGACGCCUUGGAUAUCUUCCCGCAAGGAUACGAUAAAAUGAUGAAUAAAAUUCACUGCGAUCUCUCCGGGAAGUUUCAAGUUCUCGACUUCAUCCUUGCGAUGGUGAAAGCAACAACGACCGAUAGAGUGGUGCUUGUAUCGAACUAUACGCAGACACUGGAUCUGUUUGUAAAACUUGCUCAGUUGAGGGGGUAUAACUAUGUACGCCUUGAUGGAAGCAUGACGAUCAAGAAGAGGGCUAAAGUUGUCGAAAGAUUCAAUGAUCCUACCAGUUCCGACUACCUUUUUAUGCUGAGUAGUAAAGCGGGCGGUUGCGGCCUGAAUCUGAUUGGUGCUAAUCGACUCGUGAUGUUCGAUCCUGACUGGAAUCCUGCCAAUGAUGACCAGGCCAUGGCACGAGUCUGGCGUGAUGGACAGAAGAAGCAGUGCUAUAUUUACAGACUUAUUGCCACGGGAACAAUUGAGGAGAAAAUCUUCCAGCGGCAGGCGCACAAGAAAGCGUUGAGCAGUUGUGUGGUGGACAUGGAGGAGGAUGUGGAGAGACAUUUCAGUUUGGAGGACCUCCGCGAGCUAUUCACGCUCAACGAGGAGACAAUCAGUGACACGCAUGACAAAUUCAAGUGUCGACGGUGCGUCAAUAAGAUCCAAGUGAAACCACCUCCUCCAGACAGUGACUGUAAUAGCGAUCUUUCGCAGUGGAACCACUGUGCCGACAAGAAGGGGGUGGUGGAUGUGAUUUUGAAAGGAGCGUGGGAGUCGGCCGUUUCAUUUGUGUUCCAUCACAGAUCUCACGAACAACGGAAAACUGUCUAGAAGUCGAAGUUUUGUGUUCCAUCACAGAUCACACGAACAACGGAAAACUGUCUAGAAGUCAAAGUUUUGUGUUCCAUCACAGAUCACACGAACAACGGAAAACUGUCUAGAAGUCGAAGUUUUGUGUUCCAUCACAGAUCACACGAACAACGGAAAACUGUCUAGAAGUCAAAGUUUUGUGUUCCAUCACAGAUCACAUGAACAACGGAAAACUGUCUAGAAGUCGAAGUUAAAUGUCAGAGACUGUGCUCUUUAUUUCAGUUGCUGUGCUGAAAAGUAUGGCUUUCACUGUGCUGGCUGAGGAGGCAUUGACUGGUGACUAGGUUUUCAAGGAGCAUGACAUUCCGAAGUGUCUUUCUAUUUGUAGCAGUGAUCUCUGCCAGUGGAAGCACUGUGCAGACAAGAAGGGGUUGAUGUGAUUUUGAAGGGGGCGUGGGAAUCUGCCAUUUCAUCUGUGUUCCAUCACAGGUCACAUGAACAGUGGAAACCUGUCUAGAAGUGGAUAUCUGAGAUGAUUCCAAGUAGAAUGUUUACUGUGCUGAAAGUUAGGCUACAUGUGGCUGUCACUCUGCUGGCUGAGAAUGUAUCUAUGUUGGAAAGCGUUCUCUUUUUGUGAGCUAUCAAAAGUAUGCAUUUCAAACUACAUGUAAUCAACA